UUCAAGAUGGCCGCGCCCUUCAGUUUGGAGGCGUGACGUUAUACUGUUACAACACAGAGUCAGACCGAAUAAAACAGCUUGACAAGUUUGCUGAAUCCCAUUCAAGCUCUCCAGUGAAGCCGGUCAUGAUGGAUAAGGACAGUUUCAUUCUCCCCAAAGACUUUCCAGAGUUGAGGAAUGACACAUUCCUGAGGGCGGCGCGAGGAGAAGAGAUCGAGCACAUUCCAGUGUGGUGUAUGAGACAGGCUGGACGCUACCUGCCAGAGUUCAGGGAGUCACGAGCGGGGAAAGAUUUCUUUGAGACGUGUCGUUCCCCUGAAGCUUGCUGUGAGCUUACGUUACAGCCCCUCAGGCGAUUCCCAUUUGAUGCUGCCAUCAUCUUCUCCGACAUCCUGGUGGUCCCUCAGGCCAUGGGAAUGGAGGUUCAGAUGUGUCCAGGAAAGGGCCCCACGUUCCCAGAACCACUGAAGGAGCCCGAGGAUCUGCAGAGGCUGAAGACUCAAGUGGACGUCUAUUCUGAACUUGACUACGUUUUCAAAGCCAUCACACUGACACGACACAAAAUAGAGGGGAAAGUUCCUCUCAUUGGCUUCACUGGAGCUCCGUGGACUCUAAUGUCCUACAUGAUUGAAGGAGGAGGCUCCGCAACACACUCAAAGGCUAAACGCUGGCUCUACAGGUACCCAGAGGCCAGCCAUAAACUCCUGAGCCAGUUAACAGAUGUCAUCGUGGAGUAUCUGCUUGGCCAGGUGAAAGCUGGAGCUCAGGCUCUGCAGGUUUUCGAGUCUCAUACUGGAUGUUUGGGCCCAGUGGAGUUUAAAGCGUUUUCUCUGCCGUAUCUGAGAGACAUUGCUCGACGAGUUAAAGACAAGAUCAAAGAAUCUGGUUUAGACAAUGUGCCCAUGAUUGUUUUUGCCAAAGAUGGUCAUUAUGGGCUUGAGGACCUCUCUGAGUCUGGUUAUGAAGUUGUGGGUCUCGACUGGACCAUAGACCCGCGUUCAGCACGUGUGAGGACUGGAGGCAAGGUUAGUUUGCAAGGCAACAUGGACCCCUGUGCGCUCUACGCCACAAAGGAGAGCAUCUCUGAGAUCGUGAGGAGGAUGUUGGAGGGCUUUGGCACCAAGGGCUACAUCGCUAAUCUGGGUCACGGCCUUUACCCAGAUAUGGAUCCAGAAAAUGUGGGCGCAUUCGUGGAGGCUGUACAUAACUACUCUCGCCAGCUCCUCAAACACUAAUAAACCAGUGCUCUUCCAUCAAAAGACCCAAGAAACAACAGUGCUGAGAUAUAGCACCAGAGAAAUGCUAUAGUACGAGUCCUACAAAACCUGUCAAGAAAUGAGGAAGGAAAUGUCAAGAAACCUUUUGAAAAUUCUUGGGUUCUCUAGAUUUACGAUUUAUAACUACGUGUUUGAGUAAUUUGUUUCAUUCAGUAAACUAUUGGUUACUAUACUUUAAAGAAAAGUAAACAAAAUCACUAUUUUUGAUGGAGUAACACAUUUUGAAGUAUUUGCUAUUCUGACCACUUGUCAUUUUGGGGAUAAUUUUAUUAUUAUUAUUAUUAUUUGAUGUAGGGCCACAUAUUUUGCUAUUUCUGCUGAGAAUUCUGUAAAAAAUCUGCGGAUUUAUGCGGAAUCAUUUUAGGAGUAUCAUAACUGAAACCUUGACGUAUUAAAUUAAAGUUAAAAAGCUGUUGUUUUUUUAUGUUUAUAAUGCAUAUACAAUUAGAUCCCACUUAUUUGGUAAACAAAGCAAGUCUCUCAUAUAAUAUAUCUACUAAAAGACAGAAAAUAUUACUUUACAAACUGAAUUGUAAAUGAGUCAUAAGAACAUUUUAAUAUUAUAUCACAAAUAAAAUUAGCGAAAUAAUUAAAAAAAUUGGAUAAAUAUAAAUUAACACACAUUUAGUAAAUACAGAAUGCAAGUAAAUGCAUAGAUAAAAAUCUGGAAAUCUACAAAUUCCUGCACUUGCAGAUUCCGUGUGGGCCUAGACAUAAGGAAGCAAUGUUACCAGACCCGUAUAGAGGAA